AUGUCGGAAUUCCGCCAAAUUUACCGGACUAGCUUCUCUUAUUCGGCACCAUUCAAGGACGAGCUAGGGUUUAGCUGGCACUUCGCCGCCUUUCAGGGCCUGAACACUGCGGAAGCGAAGCUUAUUUCUCAGUCCUAUACCAAGUCGCCUAUACGCUCACUCCAAAACUUCACGACUCUAGACCUACACCCAUCACUCACCAAUCUCAAAAAAGUGCUGUACAAGGAGACCAUCUCGUACAGCGAGCAGUCGGUUUGGCAGGGAGUAGACGACAACGGGAAGGAAAUCACGGUCUUUGUUGAAAUCUUAGAGGGCAAGGAUACGCCACUAUCUCGUCGCUGCACACAGUUCAAGACUCUGGUGAGCCUUUAUGGAAAGCACCCAUCAAUCCUGAGCCUUUUCUGCAAGGCUUUCUACGACCAUUGGAUUCGAGAGAGUCUGGUCGGCACACACAGUUCGUGGUUGGAAGAGCUGAAUUCGGCCGGGGGAAUGGCGAUUGUGCACGCUGUUCUCGACCAGCUCGCAGAGUUUGUCUACUGGGUGAAGAGGGGACAAGAACUGUCAUUACCCAUCAGUUCGGUGAUCUAG